CCGGAAGUUGACUCGAGAUAGCGACGGAACGCAAGCGCUCAAUCCCGUACAGAAGUUCCUGUUGCUAACCGCCAUCCACUCAGUUGUUUGUUUGUUUUUUAAUUGAAAAUGGAAUACAGCGGGAAAAGUUAGCUUCGAUAAAUAUGAAUCGUCGGAUAUCUCGCCAGUGAGCACUCGUAGUCGUCACUGCGUAUCCGCUGAAAGGAGGAAGCUUGGUGCAGCCAUGGCAGAAGAAAGGCGUCAGAAGCAGUGUUCGGUGGUCCUCCCUACAGAGUCCAUGAAGGCGAUGGCAGAGUCGGUGGGAGUGGGCCAGUUACAAGAGGACAGCUGCACAGCCCUAAGUGAAGAAGUCAGUUACAGAAUUAAAGAAAUAACACAGGAUGCUCUCAAAUUCAUGCAUCAUGGAAAGAGGCGUAAAUUAACCACCAAUGACAUUGAUAAUGCACUCAAACUUAAAAAUGUGGAGCCCGUGUAUGGAUUCCAGUCGCAAGAGUUUAUCCCAUUUCGUUUUGCCAGUGGUGGUGGAAGAGAGCUUCAUUUCUAUGAAGAGAAGGAAGUGGACCUUAGUGACAUUAUUAACACACCACUGCCGAGAGUUCCACUAGAUGUGUCAUUAAAAGCCCACUGGUUAAGUAUUGAAGGGAUUCAACCUUCCAUUCCUGAAAAUCCACCACCAGCACCAAAAGAGCAACAAAAGGCUGAAUCCACAGAGCCCCUCAAAGUUGUCAAACCUGGCCAAGAAGAGGAGGGUACAAUUCACGGCAAGAGUCAAGGGGCAACAGCUGAUGGUAAAGGAAAAGAGAAAGGUCCAAUAAGGCUGAAACCUCGCAGUACCCAUGAGCUUUCUGUGGAACAGCAGCUCUACUACAAGGAGAUUACUGAAGCAUGUGUCGGCUCCUGUGAAGCCAAGAGAGCUGAAGCCUUGCAAAGUAUAGCCACAGACCCAGGACUGUAUCAGAUGCUUCCAAGAUUCAGCACCUUCAUUUCGGAAGGAGUUCGUGUCAAUGUGGUGCAAAACAACUUGGCACUCCUGAUUUACCUCAUGCGGAUGGUCAAAGCGCUAAUGGACAACCCCACUUUAUAUUUGGAGAAAUAUUUGCAUGAGCUGAUCCCAGCAGUGGUUACGUGCAUUGUGAGCAAGCAGCUAUGCUUGAGACCAGAUGUUGACAACCACUGGGCUUUACGUGACUUUGCUGCUCGCCUCAUGGCACAGAGUUGUAAAACCUUCAGCACCACGACCAACAACAUCCAGUCUCGCAUCACCAAAACAUUCACUAAGAGUUGGUUGGAUGACAAAACCCAGUGGACCACACGAUAUGGCUGCAUUGCCGGGCUUGCUGAACUGGGACCUGAUGUGAUAAAGACUCUGAUCCUUCCUCGGCUUACUGUAGAGGGCGCUCGCAUCAAAGCGGUGAUGGAAGGGCCUGUGAUCUCCAACAUUGAUAAGAUUGGAGCAGACCACGUUCAAAGUCUUUUACUGAAACAUUGUGCCAGUGUCAUUGCCAAGAUAAGACCUCCACCUGACAAUGUGGAACAAUAUCGGACAGACUACGGUUACCUUGCACCCAUGCUUUGUUCUCACGUAAUAAAGGCUCGGACCCAAGCUGCCAUGCAGGCCCAGCAAGUCAAUAGAACCACAUUAACAAUAACACAGCCUCGUCCAACCCUCUCUGUCUCUCAAAGUGGAUUUAGUGGAUCGACAGGGCCUCGCACUCCGAGCAUCAUUAAAGUUCCAAGUUCCCUUGCCCUUAUGUCGCCAAGACCGGGGACUCCAUCGCAGCCAUCCCCCCCAGCAACAAAGUAUAUUGUUAUGGGAACAAGUGCAGGGGCCGCCUCAACACAGCAGCAGGUUAUCACUAUCAGCUCUUCCCAAUCAGCCUCAACGGUUACCAGCACUGUACCCAGUGCCACUUCCACCUUGCAGCCCAUGGUAAAACUGGAACCUGGCGGCGGGCCCGUACUUCCAAGUUCACGACCCAUGCAGAAAUACAUUGUGGUGUCACUGCCCCCGUCCUCCUCUUCCUCCAUGGAGAACAAGAGCUCUGUAAUCCCAACCCCCCUUUCCUCAACACAACUUGAAAGUAGCCUGAAGACGGACCGAUCGGACUCACCUGGUGCAAGUACACAGUCACCACACUGACAGUUAGCACAAGCGAUGAACACACACAAACAUUAGUUUGAGCUAAAACAAAAACCUAAAUGGCUGAUAGUUGGACAAAAUGUGUAAAUAUAUUAAUGCCCAACAAUGAGGUAAUCAGUGGCAUUUGUAAUGUUGACUCAAACUGAUGUCAUGUUCCUUUUUCUACUCCAAAAAAUAAAUUUGACUUUGUAUUUCUA